CCUCCUGCUGACGAAGAUCAUGUUGUAUGACUGAAAACUUCGGAAGAGAUACUAAAUGGCCCCUUGAGGAGUCCUGGCCUGCGUACAAGACUGAACUGAAACCUAAGUGCGUCCCUCCUUUGAAUGAGCCCUCAGGGUCUGACUCACCAGUUACAGUACCAGACUCCGUGUCAACUGUACGGAAAUCUGAACUUUGGGCGGAUUGUUUUUGCAACCAGUUCACUUCCCUCUUUUAGGAUACUACGGCUCUGUGCCCGUGUAGCAAGUGGCAUGCUACUCCCCGAGGUGAACUUUUAAGUGAACUUUUUCAGUUGUUUUUUUUUCCCCCCUCCGUCGUCAUGGGCGACUCGGACGCGGUCGGGGCCUAUUCGACUCGCAGGAGAAGGGCGACUUUGGCGGCGGGGAGAGCCGGGAGUCCGCAGCCGAUGAAUGGGAAGUCCGCCGCGGCGUGUCAGAGCUCACUAGCCGCUGGCAUUAGCGCUGACAAUGGCCCGGAGAAAACCCGUGAGCGUUCGCUGGAGACAGCCUGGUCUCAAUCAAAGAGUGAGAAAAAGAAACGCGGGAAUGACAUCGGCGACAGGCUGAGCUGUCACAAGACACAGGAGUCCCUGUUGAGCUCAGCCAGUGGUUACAAUAACUACAGAGGAAUCCUCAAUUGGUGUGUGGUGAUGCUGGUGCUGAGUAAUGCUCGCCUCUUCUUAGAAAACCUGUUAAGGUAUGGCGUGCUGGUGGACCCUAUUCAGGUGAUUUCCUUGUUUCUGAAUGAUCCCUACAGCUGGCCAGCGGCAUGCCUGAUGAUUGUGUCCAACGUGUUCAUUCUAGUGGCUCUCUACACAGAAAGGCAGCUGUCGAAGGGUUCAUUCAGUGAACUUGUGGGAUUUCUGGUCCAUUGCAUUAACAUGGUAAUCAUGCUAACAUUCCCUGCUGCAGUGGUGCUGUUGGUCCCCUCCAUGACCCCAGUUGGUGGUGCGUUCGUACUUGGUAUUUACACUAUUCUCUUCCUAAAGAUGUACUCCUAUAAGGACGUCAACAUGUGGUGCAGAGAGUUGAGCACUGCCAAGGCCAAGAAACUGGCCAGGUCACUUUCUUGUCCCUCAGCACAGCAUUUCAAGGGAGGUGACCGUAAGGUGUGUUAUCCUGGCAACCUCACCAUCAGAGACAUGUACUACUUUGUCUUUGCUCCGACUCUGUGCUACGAGCUCAACUUCCCUCGCUCUCCUAAGAUUCGCAUGAGUUUCCUGCUGCGGAGGCUGUUUGAAAUGCUUUUCUUCAUUCAGCUGUUAGUUGGUCUCACUCAACAGUGGAUGAUUCCCAUCAUUCAAAGCUCCAUGAAACCACUAGAGGACAUGGACCUGUCCAGAAUGACUGAGAGACUCUUACGAUUAGCUGUUCCUAAUCACUUGCUGUGGCUAAUAUUUUUCUACUGGUUCUUCCACUCGUCUAUGAACUUCACUGCUGAGCUGCUGCGCUUUGGUGACAGACAGUUUUACAAGGACUGGUGGAACUCUGAGACGGUGACAUAUUUCUGGCAGAACUGGAACAUCCCUGUACACAAGUGGUGUCUACGCCACUUUUACAAGCCGCUGCUGAGGAACGGAUUUAGUAAAAUAGUGAGCCAAUCAGCUGUCUUCUUCUUGUCGGCUUUCUUCCACGAGUACCUGGUGAGUGUUCCUCUCAGGAUGUUCAGACUUUGGGCCUUCACGGGCAUGAUGGCACAGCUUCCACUCGCCUGGUUUGUUGGUCGCUUCUUGCGUGGUAACCACGGGAACGCUGCAGUUUGGAUGUCCCUCAUCAUCGGUCAGCCAUUCGCCGUCCUGAUGUACGUCCAUGACUAUUACGUCCUGCACCACAGACAGGAGACAGACUGAUUCACAGACUUACCUGAAACAGACAGGAUUUGUUCUUGAAACCAAAAGACACAGAGAGCCAGAAGAGAGAGAGUUGGAUUUUCACAACUUUCAGGCAUUUGUUAAACAGUAGCUGACAAAUGUAUGCAAAAAUGUAUCCAUUCACAGUAUCAAUGGACGUACUGUAAAUUAAAGUAACAAGUUUUUUUUACAUGAUAGUAAAAUGUGACUGCAACGAAAGGGUGCAAAUCUUACCUGGAAAGGAAAAGAAAAAGUGUAUUCUGAAGUAUUUAAUUGGUCUUUUUUUUUUAUUUAAAAUUGUCUGUCAAGACCCAUACAUGAGAUUUAAAACAGCAGUAGUGCUACACUUCUGAGCUCGAAAUGAUGCAUAGUAUUUCAAAUAGUGAAGAGAAGUGAGUUGAAGAACUUUGAAUGGGCUGGGGUCUUCUUUGAACAGGUUCAUCAGUUCAGAUGUUUUGCUGUGUUUUGGUGUGAUAAACUGUAACCUCCCAGUUGCCCCUCCCAUUUGCCCAGUUCAGUCAGUUACAGGUACAAGGCAGCAGCAGUAAGAGCAUUCACUCAUUUCCUCACUGUGUGGCAAGUUAUCACCCAUCUCUGAUCACCUGAUGGGAAUCUCCGACCUAUAUACAGGUACGUAGGUUACAAAUAUGUGAGAGGUUUUACCAAAACUUAAUGGAACUGUGUUGUUUACUGUCUUUCCUCAGUCUUCAUUAUUCGUUUAGAUUCAAAUUCAUGAGCAGCAGGAGACUGAGUAUUGAAUUCACUAGUCUACAGUCUACCUCAAGGGAUUUUCAGCAGAGAUUUAAGAUUGAACUGAAGAAAGUGAAAGUUGCCUUUUAGAAUAUGCAACUGGUCCUUGUUUCAGUCUGUAUUGUCGCUAAACUGACACUUUUGAGUCAGACCCCUAUUUUUUGCCUACCUUUACCAGUAAAUCUACAGGCCCAGGUCAUAGGGGAGGCAACUGCGGGUACACAGUUUGUGGGGCUUUAAAAAUAAGACUUGUGGCAAGUCAGAUCAUAUUUACCAAGUCUGAACCCCAGGCAAGAAGAACUUCCACUGUAUCAGACAGAACUGCUAAGAAAAAUACAACUCCCUAGGUGCUGUAAUAUCCUAAUUGAGACUACAAUAGAUUCUUCUCAAACUGCCAAUAACCUUGGUGUGACUGUAGAAAAGCCAGC